GCCAGCCGAGGACUCCCAAAUCCUACCGGGCAUCGAGGCUGGCACACGGCGGGGCACCGAGAGCUCUCUGCCCGCUCCGACUGCCCUGCUGCCCCGCUGGCGGCACUCUCUUUCUCUCCCGAGGCGACUACCGGCGAGACAUCGGCUCUGCUAGACUUUCAUACUCUGUGGUGCUGGGCAGAGCGUUAUGGCUCAGACGCUGCAGAUGGCGAUCCCUAACUUUGGCAACAACGUCCUGGAGUGUCUGAACGAACAGCGGCUGCAGGGCCUCUACUGUGAUGUGUCCGUGGUUGUCAAGGGACACGCCUUCAAGGCCCACCGUGCGGUGCUGGCAGCCAGCAGCUCUUACUUCCGUGAUCUGUUCAACGCCGGGGGGAAGAGCUCGGUGGUGGAGCUGCCUCCAGCCGUGCAGCCGCAGAGCUUCCAGCAGAUCCUGGCCUUCUGCUACACAGGGCGCCUCAGCAUGAACGUCGGGGAUCAGUUCCUCCUCAUGUACACCGCCGGCUUCCUCCAGAUCCAGCAGAUCAUGGAGAAAGGCACCGAGUUUUUCCUCAAGGUUUCAUCUCCAAGCUGUGACUCCCAGGGGCUCCACUCCGAGGAAACCCCGCCCUCCGAGCCCCAGAGCCCCGUCACUCAAACGGUGGGAGGGGGCGGAGCCGGUAUCGUCGCCACGGCUGCGGGAAGGCCCGCCUCCUGCCUGACGCCCCUCUCCCUGGUGUCCAAGGUGAAGACGGAACAGACGGCCACCACACCUCAGCCCGCCCCGCAGCAGCAGGAGGCGUCUCCCUACUCGGUGGUCUGCACCCCUGUGGCCAAGCGGCUGUGGGAGGGGGGCAACCGCGAUGGGGGAGGAGGGUCCGGAGGGGGCGGGGGAGGCGGGAUGAGGAAAGCCGCACGUUACUCCUCCUCCUCCUCCUCCUCUUCCUCCUCGGCCGCCGCCCAGGACCCCUGUGGGCGUGGCUCCGCGGUCGGCACGGCCAUGGUGGGCGGCGGCGGCGUUCCCGUGGGAGGCGGGCUCAACAGUAACCAAAACAACAACAACAACAACGGCGGGACGCCCGAGGGCACGAGCCCGGGGACGCUGAGCAUGUACACGAGCGACUCGCCCAUCAGUUACCACGACGACGAGGAGGAGGACGACAUAACGGACGAGAGUGCCGAGGAGCAGUACAGACAGAUCUGCAACAUGUACACCAUGUACAGCAUGCUGAACGUCGGAGCCGCAGUUGCCGGUGAGCGGGUGGAGGCUCUGCCGGACCUGGCGGCCGAGUCGGGCGGCGGCGGCGGCGGGCGGGGCGGGCGAGGCAGCCGCUCCCGGCAGGACCUGGCGUCGCUGCCCGCCGAGCUCAUCAGCCAGAUCGGCAACCGCUGCCACCCCAAGCUGUACGAGGAGGGGGACCCGGCCGAGAAGCUGGAGCUGGUGACCGGCACCUGCGUCUUCAUCUCCCGCGCCCAGCUCAUGAACUGCCACGUCAGCGCCGGCACCCGCCACAAAGUGCUGCUCCGACGCCUGCUGGCCGCCUUCUUUGACAGGAGCACUCUGGCUAACAGCUGUGGAACCGGCAUCCGCUCCUCCACCAACGACCCCAGUCGCAAACCCCUGGACAACAGAGUGCUGCACGCUGUCAAGUUCUACUGCCAGAACUUUGCGCCGAGCUUCAAGGAGAGCGAGAUGAACGCCAUCGCCGCCGACAUGUGCACCAACGCCCGCCGCGUCGUCCGCAAGAGCUGGAUCCCCAAGCUGAAGCUGCUGAUGGCCGAGGGCGACGCCUACUCCGCCUUCCUGGCCGACAGCGUCAAGAUGGAGGCCGACGCGCUGGGGGCGGAGCAAGGCUUUGACCCCGCCUCCCUGGAGGCCGCGGCUGCAGUGGCGGGGGCGGGCAACAGUAACGACGCGGGAGGCGGCGCCACGCCGGCGGACGCCCUGCAGGGGGCGGGAGGAGACAGCAGCACUUUGUUUUGAGUGAGUGAGCGAGCGAGCGAGCGGACAGCUGAACGAGCGAACGAGUGAACGGACAGACUGGAUGGAUUGGAUGGAGGGAGGGAGGGAGGGAACGAGUGGGAUGGAGGGAGGGAUGGUUUCUCUGGGGGCGACGAGUCAAGAACGAUGGCCACCGUGGUCGUGAUAUCACUCCUCCCCCUCGCCGCCACGUGUUUGGGGAACUCUUGUUGUCGUUGUUGUUUUUUUUUUUUUUUCUUUCUUCCUCUCUUUUCUUUCACUUCCUCGUCGUUCACUUAACGCUUUCCUUUUACCCGCGACUCGUUUUUUUUUUUUACUCCUUUUGUUCGUUUCCGUCUCUCUCUGCGGCCCAGAACGCCUCACUCUGGUCCUUUUCCUUCCUUUCCGUGCGGAGAGAAACAGAACGACUGACCGAAAGGAGGAGAGAAAGAAAGAUAGGGGGCAGAGAGAGAGGAGGUUGAUGACAAAUUGCACCCCCCCCCCAACACACAAACACACCUCCCUCCUCUGCUCCUACCUUUCGAGACUCUUCUGAUUGUGUCAACCCUUAUAUAUAUAUAUUUCUUUCUUUUUAAAAGUGUUUACUGUCACUAAGGCCUUUCCUUACCAUAUUCAAUCACACACAUUCCCUAAUGGGACGGGGUGGGUGGGGGGGACGGGAGGGGAGCUAAGCCUGCUUUGGGGAUCCAAAAUGGGGGGAGGGGAGGAGGGGGGGGUGAUAACAUUUUGGAAAGUGGUAUUUCCUCCCCCAGAGUCCGGUAACACUGUCGUUUUGAUAUUGAAUGUACGCGUGCCGAUGCAUCCGAACCACAGCGUUGCCAGCGGAGGUUGAAUGAGAUUGUCCCGGGCUUUUUUCUUUUCUUUUCUUUUAAUUUUCUUUUUAAAUUUUUUUUGUUAACCAAGACGCUGGAUGUCCAGAUUGAAAGCUUUUGCAGAGAGUGACAAGCAGCGGCGGCGGGCGGCGGCAAAGGGGUUGCGACGAUUUUAAUAUGUAUAUUGGCACGGUUUUGAACCCUCGCACCCCUUGCAGCCCCUUCGCCCCCCAUUUUGCCCCCCCCCUCGCUCUUUAAAUCCUUACAAGUGGCAUGCUGGGAAGGGAACGGCCCACCAGCCAUCAGAGAAUAAACAAUGGUAAAUGCUCAUUUUAGGCGCUCGCAUAAUCUCAAAAACCUGAUUGGCUGGUGGACGUCGGGAUUCGCCAGCCCAAAACGAUUUGCUUUCUAAAUCCCCUGCCCCACUUUUGAUCCUACAAAAAAAAAAAACGACCAUUUUCUGUUUUUUUUUUUUUUUUUUUUUUUUUUUUUUUGCUUGUGUACUUUUUCUACGCGUUUGAUUUCUGAAUCAUCCUCUCGCGUGUGAUUUCUGCUGGCAAGGCUUGCAAAGGAGAGGAAAUCUGUUACGACGAUCGCCGGGCGGAGCGGCGCGCCGAGUUCGCGAGUGAUUUAAAAAAAAAAAAAAAAAAAAUGCACUGUGUUCAUUUUUCCUGCGGUAUGAGUACAAUCGAGCUACGUUUUUGUACGUAUCAGAAAGAGAAGGGGGGUGGGGGGGGAGGGGAGGGUGGGGAGGGUGGUUUUAUUAUUAAGAGGAAAAAAAAGUGUAUACGAGCUAAAAUCCCAAUUUAUACCUGUUUAACACCCUUUUUUUUGUUUGUUUUUAAACUGAGGGAAAGUCAGAAGUUUCUUAGCUUAGCACGGAGUUGUGUGUGUGUGUGGGCGUCGGUGUGUGUGUGUGAGAAUAGAGCGGUGACGUUUUGUUUUUUCGCCACGUGUGUUAAUUUGCUCCCUAAGAAUAUUCAUGGCCACGACUGUGAGCAGCAGAAGUGCCCUCGAGCUCUGCCGGCUGGAUGCACGCUCGCCUGCCAUGGACAAAGGUGCUAAUUCAGGCAUCGGUACACAGCAAGGAAUAGAGCUGUGUGUGUGUGUGUGUGUGUGUGUUUGAAUGGCCACACGGCUUGCUUGUGUGUGUGUGGUCACGUGUGCUGCGGCAGAGAGAGAGAGAGAGAGAGGCCAGACGGCGUGUUUUCACACACGCAUGGUCGAGUCAUUCAUCCAUCACCGCUGUGUGCACACACACACGCUAAUACACAUUUGGGUGCUGUCAGCCGGAUCAGCCUCAGUCCACCACAUCAGCGUGGUUAAAGGGGAAUUACACCAAAGUAGAAGGGAAAGGCUUGUCGGUCAGCAAAAGUAGGAAAAACGUAUUCCCUGUUUUUUUUUUUUUUUGAGUUCUCGAGAUCUUAGGAAAGCCAAAACUGCAAAAUUAAAAGCCACAUUCCUGUAUCUGUUAGGCAUUUACAUCACGAAAAAGAGAACCUGCUUUGUGAAUAAAAUAGUUGCAUAAUCACGGCCCUUCAGAGUGAAAUUCACCUUGAUGCUCCUAUUCGUGAGGCUAGCUUUUUAGAAGGACGUUUUUUUUAAGAUAGUGAAAUAAAUCUGUUCCCCUCUGCCGCCCCGCCGAGUCCAGAUUCACAACGCGGCCUUGACGCCUCCGCUCUCUCGCCAAGCAGCUCAAACACUGUGAUCAACCAAAUCCUGAACAAGCGCCUUUUGUCGUAGUUUAGCUCGGACACCGGGGCUCCAGACUGUUUUUUUUUUGUUUGUUUUCCCCAGUUGUGGCACUGAUGGCAGCAGCAGUGGAUAUUUUAGUCCUGCUUCUUACUAUUUUCACUAGGAUAAGCUACAGAUAAUCCGCUACAGUAAGCGAUGCCAUCGAUUUUUAUCAGGCAGCUUUGCUUAUUUCUGUUUGCCACUAGAUGGUGCUGCAGAGUUUAAAAAAAAAAAAAACCCGAACCCCAGCCCAGACGAAGCCGGACAAUCAAAAUCAGGGGUCGGUCUGCCUCGAAAUUGCGUUCCCGUUGCAUGAAGGGAGUGUGAGAUCAAAUCUCACUAAAAAAAGAAAAUAAAAAAUCAAAUGCGGCGGCACCACGUUGAUAAUCUCGUCCAGUCUUGAAAUAAAAGAAAUUUCAGGUACGACAAACUGAGCUGAGGCUGGAGAAACGGUUCACUUUUUUUUUUUUGGUGAUGCGGCCAAAUCGAAGGCUUUAUCAAAUGGACUAGACUUUUUUUUUUUUUUUGUAGCUUUAGAAAACAUGACUGUAGUAUUUGCUUAUGUCAUGUUCCAAAUCAGCAUCUCAAGACGAUUUUUUUAGAGAAAAUAUUCAGUGACACGACUGGGGGAAACUCUCUGGAUUUCUCUGUGUGUGUGUGUGUGUGUGUGUGUGGCACCGCUGGAGGGUUUGGCAAAGAGGAACAGAUCGGCCCGCAGUUCGGAUUCCUGAGUUUCUGCAGAGACGUAGGGAAACUUGGAAAGCCGGGGCAAAAUCUACGUGAUCCUUUUUUGUUUUUGAUUUUUGUCGUGAAGAUCCAAAGUCACACGGCCUCUUCACUGUUACACCGACCGAACCCAGGCAAGAAGCUAAGGGGACAUUUAAAAUGUAAAACGGACAGGAACCCUAAGACUUUUCCCGCUGAUGUUUUGCUUUUUUUUUUUUAACGAAGGUUUGGCCUGUGUUGCUGUUUUUCUUUCGUUUACAAGAGGAGAAACCUCGAGCACCUUAUCGUCGACACGGCGUCAGAAGUGGGCAGCGGCGUCGGUCUGUGUAACAUCGCUGCAGGUUUAUAUUUAUGUUCGGACUGACACUCACACACACACUCACACACACUUUCACACAGCGUAAGCUAAACACAGAAACGGCACAAAUGUUGAAUCUCGACGUUGGAAAACCCCCCCCCCCGGAGACGAACCAAAAAAAAAAAAAAAAAAAAA